AUGCAGGCACCCUACGAGAAGAUUGUGAACGAUGGUCGGCACAUGUCCCGCGCCGAGUGUAGAACAUCGUAUCAUCUAGGGAAUCUUUGCUCCGGUGUUGCGGAAAGUACAUUCGAUGCCAUGGGUGUUGGAAAACGAGAGGUCUGGCGCUGCCGUGUGUGCCGACAACGACAUAGCGGGAAUGAGUCUCGAAGUGAAGCCAGCUCGUCACAGUGCGCGUCUCCUGCUGGUACGGAACAUCUUCGGUCGCUGGAAGCUAAACUGGAGUGUCUCACCUUGCUGAAGGCCAAUGUUGACACCCUCCUCGACUUACCAACUCAGAUGAAUCAACUCCUGACAUUGAAGCCGGUAGUCGAGAGCCUGAAAUCCGCAGUAACGGAGGUUCAGAAGGACGUAGACUUUCUGUCGGCUCGGUACGACUCUCUGCUGUUUACAGCCACUACCAACUCAACCGCGACAACAGAGCUCCGUAAGGAAACGACAUUGCUAAGAAGCGUGGUGACAGAGCAGUCUCAGACCAUUGAGCACCUGAAAGAAGAGCUGAACGAUACCAGUUGUCUCUCAAACCUUGAGAUACAUGGACUCCCUCAUGCCCCAAGUGAAAACUUAGUCUCCGUUGUGGGCGAGUUGGCUGGCAAGCAAGGCCUCGAAAACUUUCAGCCAAGGGACAUACUGGCGGUGCAUCGUCUGCCAUCUCGGCGCGACGGCCCUCCAGUUAUCUUGGUUAAAUUGGCUUCAGUGUCGCUAAGAGAACAAUGGCUCGCCACACGAGGUAAGCUGAGGACUCUGGCUGCAGAGGGUUCGUUGCCCAAACUCUUCCUCAACGAGAACCUAACGCGAAAGAACAGGGAACUCUUUUGGAUGGUACGGGAGAAAGCAAGAUUCAAGCAGUACCAAUUCACUAGGGUGAAAAAUAAGAAGCCAUUUGCAAAAAAGUUAGGAACCUCGUCACUGGUUCGCAUCCACCGGUUGGCCGACCUGGAAUUGAUUGUGUAA